AUGAUCGCCUGUGAGGGAGACGACACUGUCUGCAAUUUGGGUUUUAAAUACUUCCAGCCGUGGCUAAGAGGGAAGGAGGAGCUGCUGCUGACAGUCGUCAAUGAGGAUCUGGGUUGGCGUUCCCCGGGCUUCGUGGUGUCCCGAGCCUCCUCCUACUCGUCCACCAGCAGCUGCAACAGCAGCGAUGUGUCCCCCAGCAGCAGCUCUCCCAGCCUGGCCAGCCGGAGCAGCUCCCCCCUGCCUGGGGAGCCUCAGGGCCCACAAGACUCCCAGUCGCACACACAUGCCAAGACACAGCCACGGAUUGCCAGGGAGCCCAGCAGUGAAGAGCAUCUGCUCCCAGCAUCUCCUAGUGAAAGAGAGAUAGCAGUACCUGAGGUCAACUGCACUUUGUUUUUAUUGGCCGGAUACGUCAAGUACGGACGCCCCUACGCCUGGAUACGCUCCAAUCACGAGCGCCUGGUCAACAUCGGCGGCACCGAUUCGAUGGUCAAGGACACGCCCAUGAAACUCAAGUCCAUCGCAGACUGGCAGACACGAGGUAUUCGUGUGUGGGAUGUUGUUAGUGAGCUGGUGUGCCUGUGCACUGUUCCCUCGCCCUCCAACCCCUUCGCGCUGGACAUGCGUUACAUCAAAAGUCUUCCCGUUCCGGACCGCUUCCUCGUCACAGGGGCUCUUCUCAACUUCCUGGAGAUGUAUGUGAUUUACGGCAACCGGGACGAGCUGCACUAUGACAAAGUGGCAGAGGAGGUGAAGCCUCUGAGGCGUCUCCACGUUCAGUCCCUGCUGGAGUUACAGCGGCUCAGAGAGAGCUCCGGGUCGGCCAGCAGCCACACGGCGCAGGACUCAUCCGCAGAGGAGUAACUGUAACUGUAUACGAUCCACUUCAGGAUGGGGCACUUUUACUGCCGUCUCAUCAGGUUCAAAUGGGUGAACUCUCACUAGGAGGACUUCCUCUAGAAGGAUGCGGUUUUAAAUUUGAUUUGUGUGCGUGUUUUACGGUUUGUUGCAGGAAAACCUGACUCAUUGUAUUCAUUUUUAAGGCGCAGACUCUGGGGAUUACUGCACACGCGCUGUGCAAACCUGUUUGUUUCAAAGCUGCAGUAUUCAGACGGAGCUCUUUCUGCAUCUGCACUACGGUUAGAAGGUAGUCACGUGUACCUAACUUUUUGAAUGUGAAAACACUGGAGAAAUGACCCUGGGAAACAAGUCACAUGACAGAUUAAAAAUCCCAGGACCUCUCUGAAUAUCUUGCCCUGCCACCUCUAGAC